CCUCGAUCGCAGAAUACACAGCCAUCUUGGAUCUACGAGGAGAAGAGAAAUUAAUGCGGUGACAAACAGCAUGUUUAGUGCUACAAGAAAGAAGUUUGUAGAGGGGGUCGAAAGUGACUACCCUGAUGAAAGCAUGUACUACAGCCAGCCAUCGAUGUUCCCACAUCGAUCAGACAAAGACAUGCUGGCAUCUCCAUCUCCAUCAUCGUCAGGUCAAUUGUCCCAGCUUGGUGCAAGUUUAUACGGACCACAAAGCGCCCUGGGCUUUCCCAUACGGGGCAUGAGCAACAACCCCCAGGUAAAUCGCAGCUUAUCGCAAGGUACCCCGCUACCGAGCCACGUAACCCCGACGACGGGAGUCCCCACAAUGUCGCUCCACACUCCGCCCUCGCCGAGCAGGGGCAUCCUGCCCAUGAACACGAGGAACAUGAUGAACCACUCCCAGGUGGGCCAGGGCAUGGCCAUGAGCGGCAGGACCAACAGCAUGAGCAGCUCAGGGCUGGGCAGCCCCAGCAGGAGCUCGCCCAGCAUCAUAUGCAUGCCAAAGCAGCAGCCGUCGCGACAGCCCUUCACCAUCAACAGUAUGUCCGGGUUCGGAAUGAACAGGAAUCAGGCAUUUGGGAUGAACAACUCAUUAUCGAGCAACAUCUUCAAUGGAACAGACGGGAGCGAAAACGUGACGGGACUGGACCUGUCGGACUUCCCGGCGCUCGCGGACAGAAGUCGAAGGGAAGGAAGUGGAAACCCAACGCCGUUGCUCAACCCGCUGGCUGGGAGGGCUCCGUACGUUGGGAUGGUCACGAAGCCGUCGAACGAACAGUCCCAGGACUUCUCCAUCCACAACGAGGACUUCCCUGCACUGCCUGGCCCCAACUACAAGGACCCCACGUCGAGUAACGAUGACAGCAAAUCCAAUUUAAAUUCAUCAGGCAAGAACGCAUCCAGCACAGAUGGGCCCAAGUUCCCAGGAGACAAGAGCUCAACAGCGCAGAACAACAACCAGCAGAAGAAAGGGAUCCAGGUGUUACCUGACGGACGGGUGACGAACAUUCCCUCCGGGAUGGUAACAGACCAGUUCGGGAUGAUCGGGUUGUUAACCUUCAUCCGGGCGGCGGAGACCGACCCGGGGAUGGUGCACUUGGCGCUUGGCAGCGACUUGACGACACUAGGGCUCAACCUCAACUCACCAGAAAAUCUGUACCCCAAGUUUGCAUCUCCUUGGGCGUCAGCGCCUUGUCGACCUCAAGACAUCGACUUCCAUGUUCCAUCCGAGUACUUAACCAACAUUCACAUAAGGGACAAGCUGGCUGCAAUCAAACUGUCUCGAUAUGGAGAGGACCUGCUGUUCUACCUGUACUACAUGAAUGGAGGAGACCUCUUACAACUCCUAGCAGCAGUAGAGCUUUUCAACCGGGACUGGAGGUACCACAAAGAGGAGAGGGUGUGGAUCACGCGAGCGCCGGGCAUGGAGCCCACAUUAAAGACCAACACCUACGAGAGGGGAACGUACUACUUCUUUGAUUGUCUUAACUGGAGGAAGGUAGCUAAGGAGUUUCACCUGGAAUACGACAAGCUAGAAGAAAGGCCUCACGUGCCAUCAACCUUCAACUACAACCCAGCUCAGCAAGCCUUCUGAAAGACUUCCCUGUUCAUGGGGUAUGGCUGUCUCGGCACGUUACUCACCGAAACCGCAGACGCUGAUGUGGCUCAGGCAUCCUGGUUUUUAUUCCUCGAGGAUCUGGCAAUUGACUUAGACGGAGAGGUCACCAUUCUGGGGGUCCUACCUUAUAAAUUAUGUGCUGCCCAAACACCCAACGCUUGCUCCUUUUUUUUUUUUCUUUCUACCUUCUUUUUUCAUUUCUUUCGUUUGAGCAGGGUCUGAAUUUUUUUGUUUACGCCUCUCUUCAGAGACCCGUCUGUUCAAAGGCAGGAUAACUGACGUUCCAACACACUCACACAGUAACAGAACAAGGUUCGUGCUUAAUUUUCCAAAGUGUUAGAAACUAAGAAACGUGGAAGACAAAACCCCACGCCAAUAAGUACAGUAACAGCAUAAAACGAAACAAAAAUAAACACAAAGAACAGAAGGAAAUGCCAUGUCCGUUGUAGCACUAUUUGGUAAUAAAAGAACACAAAAAAUGUUUGUGCAUUUUUUAUGUGAAGACACUCGUUCUUUGUUUUGGAAAGAUAAGCAGCCUUUAACCCACCAUAUGCAUAUCCCCACCCUCUUCAUGAACCCACCCCGCCCCCUCACCAAUCAGAUUACACUGUUUUCUUGACGGGCGUUUUCAAUAAAUCAACUCUCAGACUGUUUUAGUGAACGUUAUUGCCGCAGUCCGUGGGCGGUCUCCUCCAGGGCUGCGCGAUUUACUGAGCUUCAUCGUUCCUGAAUGAGCGAAAAAACACUGUCCAGUCUUUGUUACGAUUUUGUAAUAAACGUGUACAUUUUUUUAAUUUUUGGACAUCACAUGAAUAAAGAUAUGUAUGUACGAAUGUGUAUAUAUUAUAUAUAUAUGACAUCUAUUUUGGGAAAAAAAAACAGAAAAAAAACGUUGCCCUGCCGUACCUCGUUUUUAGGAGGUGAGCACGGAUGCAAUACGUGGAUUAAAACCGGACAUUUCUGGAGCUGCUGGGCAGGGGACCGUGUUUGUCGCCCUGUGCACUUUUGAUUUUGACAGAAAAAGAAAAAUAAUCAACUAAAAUAAAAGGGCCAGAUUUUCAGCGAACCAAGGACACCCAUACCCAAGUGAACGAGUCGGGACUUGAGGAAGAGGACUUGAGGCAUUUCAGUCUGGCUGUUUAAACGGCAGCAUUUCAUAGGAAAAGAAAAACCCAAUAAAAAAAAUUAAACAGAUCAAUCUUGUAUUUUCU